AUGAUUGUGGUGCUGAUCUUCGUUAUCUAUGCGCUGCUGCUGUCGCCGGAAUUUGCGGCUCAGCAAUGCUUUGCCGAGGAUGAUAUCGCCGACAUUAAAAUUGAAGGUUUGAUGCCGAAGAAUCUCUGCCGACGACGACCAAAGCUGCGUGGCGAGCUGAAGGCGAGGCCGGGGCAGUGGGAUAUUCCCGAGCGGCCCGUCGAGUUCGCCAUUGCGAGGGAGCCAAUCUCCCGGUUCUUGUCCGGGUUUAUGGAUGUUUGCGACCGUCGGCAAAACUGCGGGAACCUUACGGUGCACGAAUUUGCGAAAUCACUAUACAAUUCCCUGGAUCGAAAUCCAAUCGAAUGGACGGCCCCCGGUGACGAGCAGCCAAUUUUCCACCACUUUGUACCGCAAGUUUGGUAUUGCGACGCGAAAAUUCCGAGGGUACGGUACUCGUCGGACGGCGGAGAGGUGGCCGAUCAGAUUGAGGGCUUUCUGAAGGAAGCCUGGGUGCCGGAUCGGUUGGCGAAGAAGAUCUCCUCUCGAGUCCGCGACGAGAAGAAGAACCCGAAUCCGCAAUCCGACGACCGGAAAGCCUACCUUCGCCAGGAGAUCUUCUCGAAUUGUGAGACGCUACAGUACCUGGUGGCCACUUACUACGAUGACUACAUCAAAUUAGGAUACCCGAUCCCAACUACCGUGUACCCGAAUCAACCAAAAGUACCUGAGACCCAAGAGCUCGUCCGGCGGACUCGAGAAGUGGGGAAGAAUCCCGAUUUUUACAUCCUUGAGGACGAGGAGCUACUUUUCAACCCGGAAGCCAAGCCAAACAUUGUCAAGCCGGCGUCGGAGAGCCCGAAAAUGCAACGGAUGUUCCUCAACUUUCAUCAGGAGGCCUUUGAAACGACGACUCUAGCAGGUCUUCCAAAUUUUCGACCAGACCUAUUGGUCCCGAUGCGCUACAAAAAACGCAGACACCACCGAAAGCCGGCGCUAAGAACCCCGGUAAACGUCAAUCGCGCUGUCCGCAAUAUGAAGAUCAUCUACAACCGGACCGUACGGAGGCAAUGGAACGACUGCGCCGGGAUGGGCGUCCACGACUUUGCCCAAGCACUCUAUGCUGCCUUCCGGAAGCGAGUGCCCCGCUUAAGGACUCGCGGCAAAAAUGGAAGAAUCCUGAAGCACUUUGCCCCACAAACCUGGUACUGCAACAAGCCGAACCUCUACCGUUUCAAGUAUAGCGCGAAUACAACACAAAUGGCUGACGAGUUUGUGAAGGUGCUGCAGCUGGCCAAGGUGCCGGCCAAGAUUCAGAAACAGAUCCACAGUCGCGUCACCGACGAGCCGGCCAACUUUGGCAUCCACUCCGACAACAAGAAAAAGGCGAUGCUCAAGGAGAUCUACUCAAAUUGUGACACGCUUCGAAGUCUUGUCGGCCUCUACUACGAUGAUUUUAUCGAGCUCGGCUUCCCGAUUCCCACGAUUGCGAAUAGCACCACAAGCGAAGCACAAAAGAAAAUCGAGCCGGAAGUCAAAGUCAACGGGCAUGCAAACGAGGCCCUGCAGAAAAUGAUGCCUCUCCUUGUGCCCCAAACAACUACCGUAACCUCGAAGACGAUUAAGGAUGACCUAAAAAUGAUUGCCGAAUCGAAUGCGGCAUUCGAUGAUGACAUGAAAGCCGCCGCUUUUGCCGCUCCAACCUUGGAAAUUGACCGAAAACGCGGGAAAAAACAUAGGAAAAGGGAUGGCGUUUUCGAGAAGUUGAAGAGGAAGAAGAAGGCACUGAGAGGGAAGGCAAAGAAAAACCGGGAAGAUCGGGAAGAUCGGAUAGACCGGAAAGAGCGGAAAGAGCGGAAAAACGGAAAAGGUCGGAAAAAUAGCAAACAGAAUAAGAAGCAAAAAGCUGCUAAUCGACGUGCCAAGAAAAACCUGAAGCGUCUGUACUCGAAAUUCCAAAGCCGGGACCGGAAGCGUGGACCGAGGACUUGGAUUUUG